AUGCGAUCUUCGUUGUUUCGCUUCAUUGUGCUGGUGAUAGUUGUGACUGUGAAUGCGGGUUAUGUGAAGGAGAUCGCACGUCGCUAUCGACCUCGUAAUCAUUCUUCGCCUCGAGAUUCAAAUGACACCGAGCAGCAGUUUGCUAAUAGAACGUUGAAUUUUCCAACCAAUGUCGACACGGCAAUGUGUGGUGAGCCGAAAUUUGCCGAUUUUAUAGACGCAGGUCUACGACAUUAUCAGCAUGAUAUGGGUCAACUCAGCAAAUACAUUCUCGAUCAAAAAAUGAUACAGGAUAUAAUCGUUGAAAAACUGCUAUUUUUAUUGGCUUAA